UAUACACACAGGCAGUAACGGUUAAAGAGGGCGGCUGGUUCAGGCGUUGGGGCAUUUUCAGUUGUCGGCGGUUCAGAAAAUAUCUACACAAACAAUCAAAAUGAGGGAAAUCGUCCAUAUUCAAGCCGGACAGUGUGGAAACCAGAUCGGAGCAAAGUUCUGGGAAGUGAUCUCCGACGAGCACGGCAUCGACCCAACCGGCACCUACCACGGCGACUCCGACCUCCAGUUGGAGAGAAUCAACGUCUACUACAAUGAAGCUACAGGAGGUAAAUAUGUUCCCCGUGCUGUGUUGGUCGACUUGGAGCCCGGAACUAUGGACUCCGUGAGAUCCGGACCUUUUGGUCAGAUCUUCAGACCAGACAACUUUGUGUUCGGUCAGAGCGGUGCUGGCAACAACUGGGCCAAAGGUCACUACACAGAGGGCGCUGAACUCGUAGACUCAGUUCUUGAUGUUGUCCGCAAGGAAGCUGAAAGUUGCGAUUGUCUUCAAGGAUUCCAGCUGACACACUCGCUAGGUGGUGGCACAGGUUCCGGUAUGGGCACCCUGCUCAUCAGCAAGAUCCGCGAAGAGUACCCAGACAGAAUCAUGAACACAUUCUCAGUCGUCCCAUCACCAAAAGUAUCAGACACAGUUGUGGAGCCCUACAACGCUACCCUCUCAGUCCAUCAGCUGGUUGAGAACACAGACGAGACAUACUGUAUCGACAACGAGGCUUUGUACGACAUCUGCUUCCGUACCCUGAAACUGACCACCCCAACCUACGGUGACUUGAACCAUCUGGUGUCUGCUACCAUGUCCGGAGUCACAACCUGUCUCAGAUUCCCUGGUCAACUGAACGCUGAUCUUCGUAAACUGGCAGUCAAUAUGGUUCCAUUCCCACGUCUCCACUUCUUCAUGCCAGGCUUUGCCCCACUCACCUCCCGUGGAAGCCAGCAGUACCGCGCCCUGACAGUCCCUGAGCUCACCCAGCAGAUGUUCGAUGCCAAGAACAUGAUGGCUGCCUGCGAUCCACGUCAUGGCCGUUAUCUCACUGUUGCCGCCAUAUUCCGUGGCCGCAUGUCCAUGAAAGAGGUUGAUGAGCAGAUGUUGAAUGUCCAGAACAAGAACAGCAGCUACUUCGUCGAAUGGAUCCCCAACAACGUAAAGACAGCCGUCUGCGACAUCCCACCACGUGGUCUCAAGAUGUCAUCUACCUUUAUCGGCAACAGCACUGCCAUCCAGGAGCUAUUCAAGCGAAUCUCCGAGCAGUUCACCGCCAUGUUCAGGCGAAAGGCUUUCCUCCAUUGGUAUACUGGUGAGGGUAUGGAUGAGAUGGAGUUCACUGAGGCAGAGUCCAACAUGAACGAUUUGGUCUCAGAGUACCAGCAGUACCAGGAUGCCACCGCCGAAGAGGAGGGGGAGUUUGACGAGGAGGAGGGCGAGGCUGAUGAUGCCUAAUCUAGUCAAAAGUCACAUCAAUCACAAUCAUCUCACGCAAUUCAAGUGGAAACGUUUGACAAUAUACAUUUACUAUAAACAUUGCAUUUUAUACUUACUUGGAAACUAUACACCCAAAAUUGAUGUAACCAAAGAUACUUACAGCAAUACACACGUUUAAGUGAUUACACCUCA